AUGGGUGAGAUGCUGCUGUGCUUUGUGUUCUUACUCUGUCGUUUCAGGUUCUGUGAUGCAGGGCUCAACCUUGCAGGAGAUUAUAUCAUAUCUGGAUGGUUCCCUCUUCAUAAUUCAGAUUCUACAGUCCCAUCUACACCUCAUGUGACUGACUGUAAACAAGGACUGACCAACAAGCAUGGAUAUCAUUUGGUGCAAGCCCUCAGAUAUGCGGUGGAAGAGAUCAACAACAACAUUUCAGAUAAGAUGCUUCUACCUGGGCUCACGCUUGGCUACCAGACUUAUGAUUUAUGCUCCCUUCCAGCCAGUAAUCUGGCAACCCUUGACCUGCUUAAUAAACAGCGCGAUAGAACAGGUGUGGAGAACCUCGCCGUGGCCGUCAUCGGACCUGACAGCAGUACUUACUCCUUUACACCUGCCGCUGCUCUGGGUGCAGUCCUUAUGCCUCAGAUCUCUUACGAGGCCUCAAAUGAAUUGCUGAGCAAUAAGCUUAUCUAUCCGUCGUUCUUCCGCACCAUCCCCAGUGACAAGAACCAGGUGGAUGCGAUGAUACAUAUCCUCAAUCGAUUUAACUGGACCUGGAUUGCCCUUCUCGGCAGUGACAAUUCUUAUGGUUUGCAAGGAAUGCAAACUCUUUCCCAGCAAGCUUCACUUCACGAUAUAUGCAUAGCAUACCAAGGUAUAAUACCGGCUGUAACCGACAAGACCAAACAAUACAUGCAAGACAUGGUCAAAAACAUCAUAAAAACCAAAGUCAACACCAUAGUUGUCUUUUCAAACAAGAGAAGGGCUAGUGGGUUCUUUCCCUUCGUCAUUGAACAAAACGUGACGGGGAAAGUGUGGAUUGGAACAGAGGAUUGGUCAGUGGCGUCAAUAAUACGUAAUAUCCCAGGAAUCAGUACGAUAGGGACCGUCAUCGGUGUCUCAGUCAAAUAUACUGAAUUUAAGGGGUUUGAAGAUUUUGAAAGGCUUUCCGUGCCCGGGCUUGUAGACGCUGGGCCUUCAAAUGGUACCGUCAACUUUGAUGUCCCGUGUCUGCAAAACACAGACCUGUACCAAAUGGCAAUACAAGGCUUUUCUUUGGAGCCAUAUGACGUUGUGUCCUCUUUUAAUGUGUACAAGGCUGUAUAUGCAGUGGCUCAUGCACUGCACAAGGUUUUGAACUGCAACUCUGAACGAUGUCAGAAAUCUAAAGUGGAGCCGUGGGAGGUCAAUCAACAACUGAAAGAGGUUCGAUUCACAAUUCAAGACGCAUUGUUUUAUUUUGAUAAAAAUGGAGACCCUAUCACAGGGUAUGAUAUAGUGACGUGGAUUUGGAAAGAAGACCAGUGGUCAUAUAAAGUAAUUGGAAGUUACAGUCCAGAUCCAAUUGAGCUUCAGUUAGACGCUUCCCAGAUACAAUGGAGAGGACCGGUGUCACCUGUGAGCAGUGUUCCUGAAUCCCUGUGUUCUCCAGAGUGUCCGUUCGGAAACAGACAGCUCCAGACAGGACAGCAUAGAUGCUGCUUUGACUGCAUGGCAUGCCCUGCUUUUACCUUCCUCAACAAAUCGGGCUACACUAGCUGCCAACCCUGUGCCAUAGAAGAGUGGUCUGAAUCAGAGAGCGAGACAUGUCUCCAGAGAACAGAGCUGUACCUGCCAUGGGACUCUCUGCUCUCUAUAUCUCUGCUCGCAUAUCUGGCUGUGACCCUGUUUCUCACCAUAAGUACAGCUCUCAUCUUCCUGUUGAACCUUAAUACUCCUGUGGUGAAGUCAGCUGGAGGGAAGAUCUGUCUGCUGAUGCUGGCGUCUCUAACCGUGGCCUCCAGCAGCACAUUCUGCCACUUUGGUAGACCCUCUCAAAUUGGUUGUCUCCUGAAACAGCCACUCUUCAUCAUCAGCAUCACCGUUUGCCUGGCAUGUGUGACUGUGCGCUCCUUUCAGGUGGUCUGUAUCUUUAAAUGGUCCUCCAAGCUGCCGAGAUACUACGAGACCUGGGCUAAGAACCGUGGCCCAGAGAUGUUCAUCUUCAUCUCCUCACUGUUGGAGUUCUUCAUCUCGUUUCUUCGCAUGGUCAUAGACCCUCCUUUUCCAUCUCAGGACUUUGAUUUCUACCAUGACAGCGUUGUUCUCGAGUGCAGGUCUCCAGACGGGACUCCUGGACUCAGCCUGUUGUGGAUCGGCUUUAGAGGAUGCUGGAGGAGUGGAGCUCAUAGCUGAUCUCGCUUGCUGGGGGUUGUGGAAAUGCUGGAGCUCCCGGCCAGAUCCUCCUCCAGGAGAGUGAAGACUGAGAAAGUGGAUAGAUGCUCUCCAGCAGUUAGAGAAACCUUCAUUAUAAUCCUUCUGUGCAGGCUCUCCCGAGAGC